UGCGGUCAACAUGCCUCCAAACGCUAAGGACGUUAAUAAUAGGAAUGCAAAACGAAGGCUGCAGCGUGCUACGGAAACCGAUGAAGAACGCGAAGAACGCCUAGCCAAGCGGCGCGCUCAAUAUGCGGCUCGACGACAACGCUCCGAGGGUGUAAGUGAAGCCUCAACCAGUGAUUCAACUAGCGGAAUCGGCGACUCCGUCAGCAUUUCUACCAGUUCGGAGCGCUGGAAUGCCACUAAACGACAGAGACGUGCCAUGGAAACCAUCGAAGAGCGACAACUGCGACUCGAAAAGGAACGACUGAGACAGGAAGGGAGAAAUGUUGCCAACCGACAGAAGCGUGCUUUAGAAACUCCCGAAGAACGAGAGCAGCGCCUCGAAAAGGAGCGGCCCAGACAAGAAACGGAGAAGGAAAAUCGGAAGAGGCGACGCAUCGAAAAGGCGGCCAUGCGUCAGCUACAGCAACGACAAACCAGCGAGGAGAUUGCCGAAGAGCGCCGCAGGGAGCACGCCACAAGAGUGGCCGAGUUUGAUGCCGCAACACGUGAGUUUGCCAAGCGCUUCACCAACAAUCCGUUUGGUUAUGCAUGUUCGGUGUGCGCCCGCCUAUGGCACAAACAAAAGCUUACGCCGGCGACUCCCGCGAUGUUCCCCACGCUGUGCCAAGCAUUUCCAGAGUGGACCGAUAAUCAGUUGGCCGGAGCCGUGGUUUGCAACACGUGUAAGGGUAGCCUCAGAAAGCAAAAGAUUCCCUUCUACAGCACGUCCAACGGUUACAAGUACCCGCCGAUGCCAAAGGGGCUGCCGCGCCUAAACCCGGUCGCCGAGAGACUCGUGUCCCCACGCAUACCCUUCGUUCAGAUCCGAAGGCUUAUGAACUGGAAGAACGGCCAGUACGGCAUCAAGGGCCCCAUCGUGAACUUGCCGGUGAGCACGGACGCAAUGCUCAAGCAACUGCCGAGAAACGUGGACGUCCAACACCAGAUCCUAGUGAACAUCAAGAGGCGCCGCAUCGAUAAGGGCGCCUACUUGGCCGACGAGAAUAAAGUACGACGAUUAACCUAA